GCGCCAUGGCAGGCGGUUAAGGUCAAAAUAGUGCAUUUUGGGAAUAUGAAUUUAGGAAAAUUUAUGACAUUAAAGUAACGGUACAAUCUCUAUUGUUCGAUAAUAAUAUAUAUAUGUAUUGAAGCUUAUUAUGUGAUACUUAAGAAAUAUAUAUUAGUCAUUUUGUAUAAGAAAAUUAUAGACAUAACCUCAUUUUGUGACAAGUAUUCCAAUUUUGUGAGCAUAAAUAAAAAACAAAAAAGCAAAUAAAUAUAAAAGGUUGUUAUUUAUAGUCUACCAAAUAACAUGCUUUUUUCGUCUAUUCAAAACACAUAAAUACUUCAGUGUCACUAUUAAUCUAGCAUUAUGUUUCGUCAAAAAUACAUUCGAAUAUGUCUCCCUGCUUGUUUAGCAAUAGUUUUACAUUUUUCUCUACAUCGCAUCGAAGAAGGACAUGUUGGUGUUUAUUUUAGAGGUGGUGCUUUGUUGCCAUAUGUUAGUAAUCCUGGAUUUCAUAUGAUGAUACCUAUAUUAACAACAUAUCGGUCUGUUCAAGUUACAUUACAGACAGAUGAAGUUAAAAAUGUACCUUGCGGUACCAGUGGUGGUGUAAUGAUCUAUUUUGAUCGCAUAGAGGUUGUAAAUAUUUUAGAUGCAAACAGUGUUUACACUAUGGUAAGAAAUUUUACUGCUGAUUAUGAUCGUACUUUGAUUUUUAACAAAGUACAUCAUGAAUUGAAUCAAUUUUGUUCGGUACAUACCUUACAUGAAGUAUAUAUUGAUCUAUUUGAUCAAAUAGAUGAAAAUUUAAAAACUGCCUUGCAAAAAGAUCUUAACGAUUUAGCACCAGGACUUAACAUUCAAGCGGUAAGAGUUACCAAACCAAAAAUUCCUGAGACAAUCAGGAAAAAUUAUGAAUUAAUGGAAGCAGAAAAAACAAAACUAUUGAUAUCUACGCAACAUCAAAAAGUUGUUGAAAAAGAUGCUGAAACAGAUAGAAAAAAGGCUGUAAUAGAAGCUGAAAAGGAAGCACAAGUUGCAAAGAUACAGUACAAUCAAAAAAUCAUGGAAAAGCAGUCGCUUCUACAAAUUGCGUCUAUUGAGGAUGAAAUGCACGUCGCUAGACAAAAAAGUCGUUCCGAUGCAGAGUAUUAUCAAUUGAGAAUGCAAGCGGAAGCUAACAAAUUACUUCUAUCUAAAGAAUUUUUAGAAUUAAAGAAGUACGAAGCUUUAACUCAAAAUACAAAAGUGUAUUAUGGACAAGAUAUUCCAAAAAUGUUUAUGUACGGUGGUUGCAAUAACGAUCAAGAUUCGCGCAUAAAUAUUAAAGAAACUUAGUCACAAAUUUCAUUAACUUAAUUUGUUAAUUAAGCAUCACAGUAACUAAUUGCGAUGAUAAGCUAGAUUAACACAUUGCGUACGGGUCAUGAGACAUCACGUUUUAAUGUUUUUUUAUACACGUGCGUUGAUGACUCAAGGAAUUAAAAUUAAAUGAAUGUUUCUGUUACGUUAUCAAGGCAAAAAAGCUUUGCAUAUUCUUAUGACAAAUAAUUAGCGAAAUAAAUAUAUAUCGAAAUUCCGAAAUAGUAGAAAAUAAUCAGUCAGUACUAUUAUUAUACCAGUAGCUAUCAUACUUUAUAAAAUGUUUUGUCGUUGUGCAACAGAUUGUUAUUUAAAAGUCCUUGUAUUAAUUUGUGAGGUUACAGUUUUUUAAUUAUUUUAUCUAAUAGAUCUUUAUUCUAAAAAAAUAGCAAAAUGUCUUAUAGAAAUAAAGAAAAUAAAAGUUAAGAUGAAUUAUUGUUUGAUGAUUUAUCGAAUACACCAAAUAACAGUUUAAAUGAAAAUGAGCUUAGUGAUAAUAACAACAUUCUUUAAUUAAGUUAAGUUAUUAAACAAAGAAAAAGAAUGAAUAUUAAAAAAGUGCAUUUCUGCAUUGUACAAAGAUUUUUUGUAGUGAGCCAAAAUGUGCGAGCCCUGGAAGCGCGUUGAACGAGCAAAGUUUCGAACGCAAUGUGUUAAGAAGUACAGUGUAUCGAAAUCAGAAUUAUGUGAUUAAUUUUAAAGUAUCACACACACAUAUAUAAUAUGUAAUAUAUUUUUUUGGAAUAUUUUUAUUUAACAUAUAUAUUUAACGAUAAAAGUAUUUGCACAAAAACAUAUACUUUUUUUCUUAUGUGUCAUUAGAUUUAAUUGGCGAUGAAUAAUGUUACCAUAUUUUUAAAAAUAAAUGAACAUUGAAAAAUAU